AUGUUCCGGAGGUUCAUUUUGGAAUUUUCAUCUCGACAAACGUUUAGAAGAAACCCCAGACAUUUUGUUCAUCAGAAGAUACCUUCUCAUCUAUCUUCGCGAAAGGAAUUCUCAAAUGCAUCUAGACCAUCUUCGCAAAAGGAAUUCUCAAAUGCAUCGAGACCAGCUGGUGCCUCAGCUCCUGGUUCUACAGGAAAGCCGCCUGAGUCUCAUGACGAUGCCAUUGGAGAUUUGAAGAGUGGACAACUUACAAAAGAGGAGUUAGUUUCACCCAGUCAUGAAAAGUCUGACAAUGAAAAUCCUGAUGUAGAGCAUGCAAAGCAGAAGGUUGAUACCAGUCUUUCUCAGCCAGAAAUUAUAAUAGAAGAUUCGAGUGAUAAACAGAUUCCCGUGCAAGACAUUCCUGAUAUUGCUGAAGGUCGUAAUGCUGGUGCCAAAGAAAACCAGUUUCUUGAAUAUCCUCAAAGUAGUCUAACAUCGAAUGAUCCUAGUAAAGGGACUGUGGUGCAAUCUGAUGUGAUUGUUGGCAUAAAAAGCACAGAAACCGAUGUUUCCCUAAAACCGGAAGAGGAAAUCCAACAUACAUCAACGUCUACUGAGAACAAUGCAUUUCUAGAUGAGAAUAAGGUAGAAAAUAUUCAACCAAAGCAACAGGAAGAAAUAGAGGAAAGAAGUGAGAAUGUAUUAGCUAAAGAUAUAGAACAACCACCUACCCUCCUUGAGGAAUAUCACUUAAGGAAUAAGUCAGAAGGAAGCCCCCUUAUUUAUUUACAUGGUCAUGACUUUACCGAGAACAGUCAUUUACCUGAAGAAAAAGAGGCACUUAGUGGUGCAAUAGAGGACUUGAAAGAUGGUUAUGCCACUUCUAAGGAUGGAAAACUGGUUAUUGAAUUCGUACAAGCCAUCCAUGCUGCGGAGAAAAGGCAAGCUGCAAUAGAUGCACAUGCUUUUUAUGAAGAGAAGAAAACAUUAAAGGAAAAAUAUGAAAAGAAGUUAAAAGAUUCAGCUGCCAGAGAACUUAAGCUUGCCGAGGAAUCUGCAAUGUUGGACAGGGAGCUAAAGAGAGAGAGGGAAAAAGCAUCUCUUGCUAUUAAGUCACUUUAA